GAUCCUCAUACCGACACACCAACGGAGGUCCUUCACACCGUCCUCCUUGGUGUCGUCAAGUACUUUUGGGGUCAAACGGCAUGGCUUCUCAACCGCGACCACCUUCUGGAACGAUUCCGCAGUCGCCUGGAUUCACUCUCAGCUGAUGGACUCAAUGCUCCGAAUCUCGGCGCAGACUACAUUUGCCGUUGCCGGGGUGGUCUCAUUGGCAAACAUUUCAAGAGCUUAGCGCAAGUAAUGCCUUUUUUAAUUUAUGAUCUGGUGCCCAAGGCUGUCCUCGAUGCGUGGACGCUCAUCGGGGAGCUUGUUGUCUUGAUCUGGCAUACGAAGAUUGAUAAUACCAAAGUUUAUACAGCACGUCUAUCUCGGGUAAUCGAAGAUUUUCUCAAUGUCACUGCGCAGUGCGCUCCGAAGAUUCUCAUCAGUAAACCAAAGUUUCAUUUCUUGCUUCAUCUACCAUUCUAUAUUCUGCGCUUUGGACCGGCCAUCCUCUUCUCGACGGAG